AUGGCUGUGGAGGUUCUCCGCAGGGUUCCCGCCCCUCGCGGCGGUGCGGUUGGAGCGCAGCGCAGGGAGGAGAGGGCGAGGGUGCAGGCCGGGGACGCGCUGCCGCUGCCGAUCCGGCACACCAACCUGAUCUUCUCCGCGCUCUUCGCCGCGUCGCUGGCGUACCUGAUGCGGCGGUGGCGGGAGAAGAUCCGCUCCUCUACGCCCCUCCACGUGGUCGGCCUCACCGAGAUCUUCGCCAUCUGCGGCCUCGUCGCCUCGCUCAUCUACCUCCUCAGCUUCUUCGGGAUCGCCUUCGUGCAGUCCGUCGUGUCAAACAGCGACGACGAGGAGGAGGACUUCCUCAUCGCCUCCGGCGCGGGCUGCUCCCAGGCGCCGCCCCCGCCGGCGCCCGCGCCGUGCGCCCUGCUGGGGAGCCCAGGCGCCGGGCCGGAGAAAAUGCCGGCGGAGGACGAGGAUAUCGUCGCCGAGGUCGUCGCGGGGAAAAUCCCGUCCUACGUGCUGGAGACCAGGCUGGGCGACUGCCGGCGGGCCGCUGGGAUCCGCCGCGAGGCGCUGCGCCGGAUCACGGGGAGGGAGAUCGAUGGGCUCCCGCUCGACGGGUUCGACUACGCGUCGAUUCUCGGCCAGUGCUGCGAGAUGCCGGUGGGGUACGUGCAGCUGCCCGUGGGCGUCGCUGGACCGCUCGUGCUCGACGGCCGCCGGCUCUACGUUCCGAUGGCGACCACCGAGGGCUGCCUCGUCGCUAGCACGAACCGCGGAUGCAAGGCCAUUGCCGAGUCCGGCGGCGCUUCCAGCGUCGUUUUCCGGGACGGGAUGACCCGCGCCCCCGUCGCCCGUUUCCCGUCCGCCCGCCGCGCCGCCGAGCUCAAGGGCUUCUUGGAGAACCCGGCCAAUUUCGACACGCUGUCCGUGGUUUUUAACAGAUCAAGCAGAUUCGCAAGGCUGCAGGGUGUCAAGUGCGCGAUGGCAGGGAGGAACUUGUACAUGAGGUUCACCUGCAGCACGGGGGACGCCAUGGGGAUGAACAUGGUCUCCAAGGGCGUCCAAAACGUGCUGGAUUACCUUCAGGAUGACUUCCCUGACAUGGAUGUCGUCAGCAUCUCAGGCAAUUUUUGUUCUGAUAAGAAAUCAGCUGCUGUAAAUUGGAUUGAGGGUCGUGGAAAGUCUGUGGUUUGUGAGGCAAUAAUCAGAGAGGAAGUUGUCAAAAAGGUUCUCAAGACCAACGUUCAGUCACUCGUCGAGUUGAAUGUGAUCAAGAACCUUGCCGGCUCAGCCGUUGCUGGAGCUCUUGGGGGUUUCAAUGCCCAUGCGAGCAACAUUGUAACUGCCAUCUUUAUUGCCACUGGUCAGGAUCCUGCACAGAAUGUGGAGAGCUCUCAGUGUAUCACAAUGUUGGAAGCUGUAAAUGAUGGCAGAGACCUUCACAUCUCGGUUACUAUGCCAUCUAUCGAGGUGGGCACAGUUGGUGGAGGCACGCAGCUGGCCUCACAGUCCGCUUGCUUGGACCUACUUGGCGUGAAAGGGGCAAACAGGGAAUCUCCAGGAUCAAAUGCUAGGCUGCUGGCCACGGUGGUGGCUGGUGCGGUCCUAGCUGGGGAGCUUUCCCUUAUCUCUGCUCAAGCUGCCGGCCAUCUGGUCCAGAGCCACAUGAAAUACAACAGAUCCAGCAAGGAUAUGUCCAAGGCCGCUUGCUGAGCGCAUCACUUGGACGGACCUUUGCCUCCGAGGAAAAUAGACAAAACCCAAACCGAAAUGUUCACUACGGUAUAAUCCCCCUUCACCUUGGAGGGAGUUGACAGUGGAGAAAGACGGGUUUUUCACCGGUUGAUUCCUUGUGGCGUGCUCAGGAGAUGAAAAGGGAAACCCCAUCAGGUGAACAGUUUGUCUGUAGAGUGGUCAUGGUUACCAGGAAGAAGCGAGCCUGUAUUUACCGCCCUUGUGCGCCCUGGAGCAUGACUUGUUUUUAUUUCUUGAUGUUGUUGUUCCUCUUCUCACUCAUACACCAAGUGCGUCUUAAGUUCUUGCCCAUCUCGCGGGCAUCAGAGAAUCUGACCCUUUGUUUUCUUUUUUGUCCAAAGCUUACAAUUACAUUUACACCUGUUGCCCGUUAGCUGCUUCAGUAUGCUUGUAGUAACAAUGUUAACGAGUAAUUCAGUUUCAUCUGUUGAUCCC